AUGGAUACCAAUACCAUUGAAUCUGAACGUGUUCAUGUUGACUCAGAAGAAGAUCUGGUGGAGGUUAAGAGUAGUGACACAAUGAGUAAGAAGGAUCCUAAAAACAUAGGUAACAAAACAAUUCAUAUAUCUAGCAAGAAUUUUAAACGACAACGUAAACUUACAUCUGGUGUUUGGGUAAACUUUGAAUUUGUGGAUAAAACUGAUGAAGAUGGAAAUUUGUUUUGUAAAUGUAAAAAAUGUGAAAAAAUGUUUAGGGCAGAUAGUAAAAUGGGGACAGAAAAUUUAAUUCGUCAUGUAAAAAAUUGUAAAAUGAGGACAUUUCGUGAUGUUGGUCAAAUGAUAUUGGAGAAUUCCACUGCUGGUUUAGCAAAUAAAUUGCCUGUAUUUGAUGUUGCUAUUUUUCGUGAACUAUUAGCUCUUGCAAUAGUAAGACAUGAUCUCCCUUUCCAAUUUGUUGAAUAUGAAGGGAUUAGGAGAUUAUUUAGUUAUUUGAAUCCUACGACUAAAACAAUUUCACGUAAUACAUCUAAGUCUGAUGUUGUUAAGAUGUAUGAAAGGGAGAAGGAGAAUUUGAAGUUUUUGUUAGGUUCAAUUAGUAGUAGAAUUUGCCUUACUUCUGAUUGUUGGAGUUCAAUAACCUCAGAUGGAUAUAUCACUUUAACUGCACAUUAUGUUGAUGAUAAUUGGGUCUUGAAAAAGAAGUUGUUGAAUUUUUGUUUUAUGCCUCCCCCUCAUACGGGAGUUCAUUUAAGUGAUCAUGUGUGUUCCUUGUUGAAAGAUUGGGGUAUUUUGCAAAAGAUUUUUAGCAUUACUCUUGAUAAUGCGGCUUCAAAUGAUGUGUUUGCGGAUUGUCUUAAGGGUGAGCUUGAAUUGUUAUGUGCAGGAGAAUUUUUCCAUGUGAGGUGUUGUGCACAUAUCAUGAACUUAGUAGUUCAAGAUGGAUUGAAAGAAAUAGAUGAUGCUGUGAUUAAGGUGAGAGAAAGUGUGAAAUAUUGUAAGGGAUCACAAGCUAGAAAUUUUGAGGAGCAACUAGUGCCUCGUUCAGUUAAUCUUGAUAUUCUUGCGCAUUGGAAGGCAAAUGUAUCUCGUUAUCCGAUACUUUCUUUAAUGGCUAGAGAUAUUCUUGCCAUUCCUAUAUCUACCGUGGCUUCCGAAUCUGCCUUUAGCAUUGGUGGUCGGGUACUUGACUGCUAUCGAAGUGCUUUGAAGCCAAAUAUUGUCCAAGCUAUUGUUUGUCUAAAGGAUUGGACAUUUGAAGGAGAAAAAUCUUAUGGACACAAGGAUGAUGAUGAUGGUGUGUACACAAACUUUCCUGAACGGCCAUUCUUUAAUAUGUUAGGUUAUGCUUAA